CUUACUACUACGUACCUAACCUACAAAUUUGGGUAUAUGUUUUUAUUUACUUAUUUAAACAAUUUGUAAUUUGUAUUCGUAUUUCUAUAUUUAUUGCAACAAUUUGCCGUCAUUUGUUAAUAAUAAACUGAGAAGCAUGGCUAAACAAUAUGGCUUAAUUAAACCAAAUAAAAAGGCUACAGGGCCAAUACCAAUAAGCAGACCUUCAAUUUUCGAUGAAGACUCAGAUUCCGACUCGCCCAAAUCUUUCAAACCCACUGGCAGCACCAAAGUGAAAAAACAAGAUAUUAUAAAUCAACAAAAAGCUCUAGAGGAAGAUCCAACAGUUUACCAAUACGAUGAAGUUUAUGAUGCAAUGGAAACCAAAAAGAAGGAAUCGAAAUUGGCAAGGAAAGAUAUUGACAAGAAACCAAAAUAUAUCAGCAAACUUUUACAAGCUGCUGAAAGAAGGAAACGUGAACAUGAGAGAAGAGUUGAGAGACAGGUGCAAAAGGAAAGAGAAGAAGAAGGCGAAGAAUUUAAAGACAAAGAAUCCUUUGUAACAUCAGCCUACAAAAAGAAACUGGAAGAAUUCAAAGUUUUAGAAGAACAAGAAAAACGUGAAGCAUAUUUGGAAGCUAUUGGUGACGUCACUAAGCAAGGUAAUUUGGAUGGAUUCUACAGACAUCUGUAUGAUCAAAAAGUGAAUUUUGAUGAUAAGAAAAAAGAAAAUGAUAUUAAAAAAGAAGUUAGCAGUGAUAAUGAAGAAACAAAGAAAGAUGAUAUCAAAGAAGAAGAUACAAGUGAAGCAACCACGUCAAAAAAACGGAAAUCCAGUAGUUGUGAAGACACAAAAACUGGUAAAACAGCCGGAGGCAAAAGACGUAAAUACAGAUCACGAAAAGACAUCAAUAGUGACGAUGAAAAAUCUGUUUCAGAAAGUGAAAAAACUGAAACUCAAAAAGCCCACUUGCCUUCAAAUCUUGACGCCGAUUCAGAUUUUAGUGUAGAUGAUUCUUCAGAUGAUGAAGAAACUGUUGACAAAAAAGAUGAGACAGAAAAAGAUAAAACAGUUGAAAAUGAGGGUGAAAAAUUACAAUUGCCAGCUAAAGGAAAUGUUUUGAGUGAUAAUGCUGCCCUGGCAAAGAAAGGCGAUGAUGAAGAAAAAGAUGAGAAAAAUAAUGACAAUGAAAAACCUAAAAAGCCUAAAAUCGAUAUAUGGAAAAAAAGGACUGUUGGGGAAAUCUUUGAUGAAGCUGUUAAAAGAUAUUUUGAAAGGAAAUCAGCAAGAGGGUGGUAGAGGAUAGAUAAUAAAUUGUGCAGAUUAUAAAAACAAUAAAAUUGUUUUUUUUUUAUAUAAAUUUUAUAAUCAAAUUAUUUUCUUCUUAGCAAACCACAAUAUUAUAGUCAUAAUAUAUGAAUCUAAUUUUUAACUUUCUUCUGUUGCCUCUGUCGGUAAAUAUCAUUCAUUGGAGGCAAAUGCAAAUCUUCAUCAUCAGAUCCAUCCAAACUUAAUCCUAGUUUCUUUCGCCUUUUAACCCCUAAACCACCAUUUUCUUCCACAAUCCAAUGAACCGAUUUGGCAAUGUCAAAAAGCCUCACGUCUCCGUGUUCUGUGGGGGCAGGAACUUGCUCUGGUAAAUGCAGUCUGUUGAAAAUGUCCAUUAAAAUAUCAAUGUGUACAAAGGGACCUCUGAAACAAUUUGGUGGUGGUAAUGAUGUGCAUAGAUGGGCAGCUGCUGGAGGCAUCGGAAAUGAUCCACCUAAAAAAUAGAAUUAAAUCACAUAUAUUGGUUGGUUAUUGGACAAUGUUCAAAUUCUUACCAGGCACUGGAUGUUCACCAGGUAAAACUUUAUUCUUGGGCUUAUAGGGAACCAUUUGAGCGUAAUCGGGUUUUGGUAGCGGUCUUUCCACUUCUUGAUUAAUUAUAGACUGAAAAUAGUGAUUUCUUCCUGCCACUCCCGAUGUAAAGUUUAUAACCUCAGUAUAUCCUAUACUUUUCAAUUCUUGAGCUGUACAGGGGUACAGAUCCAAAAAUCUGUAUCUGUCCACCAGUUGGGCAGUCUCUUUGCCUUCAAACUCUUUGAUUUUCGAUAAUACUUCUGCUCGUCUUUUUUCAACUUUAACUAUGGAAGGCAAAUCACCUAUGUUAGAUUCAAAUUCUAAAAAUUUAUUCCAAAUAUCGACAGAUUUUUCAUUUCCAAGACUUCCUGAGGAUAAGACUCUUUCAAACAAUACUCUGGUGUUGUUAUCUUCAUUCAAGUGAGACAAAUAGUCAAUAUAGGAAGUGACAUACUCAGGAAUAUCGGCAAAUUUUUUUAAACCCAAUUCAAAAAUCCUAAAAUAAAAGUCACAGUUAAAAAAAUGCUUACUUUUGAAGAUCACAAAAUUACCUGAAUGCAAUAUUUUUAUCCUUCGAACAAUAAUACUCCAUCAGAGCCGCACAAACAAAAAUAUGAUAUUGAGAUCUAGGAUCUUCUCUGGCCCGUUUAAACACACUUCUAGCCGAUUUAAUGCCUUCAGCUCUUCUGGCAAACUUCAUAUAUUGAGUGUAGGCCAGCGUAGGAUCAAUGUCUUUGAUAUCCAAAUAUUUUGAAUAAAUUUGAUGGACUUUUUCGUAUUUCAUGCGUCCUUCUUCGUAGUCUGCGUAAGCAAAGUACAGGAGCAUGUUACGGUUUAAAAGCGAACUGGUGGCCCUUUCAAAAACGUGUGCCGCUUCUUCGCUGAAUAGUUUUGAAGCAUUUAUGU